AUGACGCAUUUCCGCCUCAUCAAGCGCCUGGCCGUGAACGCUUUGCGAGGGCACAACACCAACGUCAGAGCCAUUGUCUUUCACCCCAAGGCAACCAUCUUCCUGGACAAGAAGGAUGUCAACCUGGCUUCAUGUGCUGUGAAUGGCUCUGUCAAACUCUGGAGUCUUGAAAGUGAUGAACCAGUGGCUGACAUCGAGGGACACAAAGCGAGAGUAGCCCGGGUGAUAUGGCAUCCCUCUCGCAGGUUUCUGGGCACCACCUGCUAUGACCACUCUUGGCGCCUGUGGGACCUGGAGGCUCAGGUGGAGUUCUUGCACGAGGAGGGGCACAGCAAAGGAGUCUAUGACAUCGCCUUCCAUGUUGACUGCUCUCUUUCUGCCACUGGUAGCCUUGAUGAAUUUGGCCGCUUGUGGGAUCUGCGGACAGGGCAUUGUAUCAUGUUUUUGGAGGGUCAUCUCAAGGAGAUCUGUGGGAUCAACUUUUCUCCUAAUGGGUACCACAUUGCCACUGGCAGCGGCGACAACUUUCUCCGCCAGAGAAAGUGCAUCUACACCAUCCCUGCCCAUCAGAACCUGGUGACAGGGGUGAAGUUUGAACCAAAUCAUGGCAACUUCUUGCUUGAGAGCCAGUGUGGACAAGUGGGCAAAGUCAUGGGCUUGGACAUCUCCAUGGACGGGCAGCUGAUCGCCACAUGCUCUUAUGACAGGACUUUCAAGCUUUGGAUGGCAGAGUAG